AUGGCUGAAAAAGAAGCUACAGUGUACAUCGUGGAUGUUGGGGAAUCCACGGCGAAAUGCCAUUCGGGAAGAACGAUAUCGGAUCUAGAUUGGAUGAUGAACUAUGUCUGGGAUAGAAUCACAACAACGGUUGCUACAGGGAGGAAGACGGCUACUAUUGGAGUAGUCGGGUUGAAAACAGAUGGCCAGCAUUCACCGUCAAUGCUAUUGACGGACAUUCGCAAGUUACGCGACGUGAUGAAGCCAAGCAAGACUACUGAAGGUGAUGCAAUAUCUUCGAUCAUCCUAGCCAUUGAUAUGAUUGAACGGUUUUGUAAAAGGCUAAAAUAUAAACGGAGAAUUAUUCUCGUCACCGACGGAAAAGGUCAAAUGGAUUCAGACGGCAUUGAUGGAAUUGUUACGAAGAUCAAGGACGAGGGAAUAGAGCUAAUAAUUCUUGGUGUGGAUUUUGAUGAUCCUGACUAUGGAGUCAAGGAGGAAGACAAAGAUCCGCAGAAAAUCGAAAAUGAAGCCACGCUCAAGCACCUAGCCGAUAGGUGUGAUGGAAUGUUUGGAACCCUAGCCCAAGCCAUUGAUGAGAUGUCUAUUCCUCGAAUCAAAAUCGUGAGAUCGAAUCCGUCGUUCAGGGGCGAUUUAAAACUAGGCGACCCUGAACACUAUUCCAUUGCACUAACAGUCCAAGUUGAGCGGUAUUACCGAACAUAUGUUGCGCGCCCGCCAACUGCAAGUGCAUUUGUUUUAUCUACCGCACUAUUGGACAGACGAGAGGCGGCCGAGUCUGCCACUUUACGAGAUGGGGAAUCUAGCGCCGAACCCGCUGACCCCAGUGCUAAUCUAACGAGUGUGAGGAACGCUCGUUCGUAUCAGGUCGAUGAUAAGGAUGCACCUGGCGGGAAAAGAGAUGUUCCACGAGAUGACCUUGCUAAAGGAUACGAGUAUGGCCGCACAGCGGUGCAUAUUAGCGAGUCAGACGAGAAUAUUACCAAAUUAGACACUGAUGCUGCCCUGGAAUUUAUUGGGUUUAUUGACAAUGAAAAUUAUAAACGCUACAUGAGCAUGUCCAAUGUGAACGUCAUCGUGGGACAAAAACUCAAUGAGAAGGCAAGCCUCGCGCUAUCUUCCAUUGUUCACGCCCUAUUUGAACUAGAAUGCUAUGCCAUUGCGAGACUGGUUACCAAGAAAGGCAAACCGCCUUUGGUUGUGCUUCUUGCCCCCCUUAUUGAACUUGGCUUUGAAUGCCUUCUUGAAGUGCAGCUCCCCUUCGCCGAAGAUGUUCGAUCUUAUCGCUUCCCACCUCUCGACAGGAUAGUUACGGUGUCAGGAAAGGUAGUAAAAGAGCAUCGAAAUUUACCCAGUGACGAACUACUCGAUGCAAUGGACAAAUAUGUUAAGAAUAUGGACCUUUCCGAGCUUGACAACGGAAACCCUCUUGAAUCCAUGGCUUUGGAAGACUCCUUCUCGCCACUUCUUCAUCGAAUUGACCAAGCGAUUCGCUGGCGGGCCGUACGUCCGACUGAGUCCCUUCCUCCAAUCCCUAAAAUCCUGGAUAAAUUAUCCCAUUUCCCGGAGAGAUUGAUCGACAAAAGCCAAUCUAGUCUUAAAGGCCUGAUUUCUGUUUCCGCGGUCAAGAAAGUACCACCUAGAGUGAAGGGUCGUAAACGCAACAGAGAUGUAGACAAGCCGCUCUCAGGUCUAAAUGUGGACGAGUUACUCCGUGGAGAGAAACGUCUCAAGAUAUCACCCGAAAACCCCAUUCCGGAAUUCAAGCAAACCCUUGCCAAUACCGAAGAUGUCAGCGCGAUCGAAGAAGCUGUCAAGCAAAUGUCUGUCAUUAUGGAGACUCAAAUCAGAGAGAGUGUCGGCGAUGUCAAUUACGACCGAACAAUUGAAGGUAUUGGAACCAUGAGGGAGGAGCUAAUCGCGUAUGAAGAACCGGGGUUGUAUAAUGACUUCAUCCGAAGACUGAAGCAAAAACUACUAGACGAUGAGUUAGGUGGCGAUAGAAGGGAAAUGUGGUGGCUUGUACGAAAGAAUAGGCUAGGCUUGAUUGAUAGUCACGCUUUGGAUAUAUCUGAUGUGACGGAAGAUCAAGCUCGAGAGUUUCUGUCAUCGCGACCUACAGCUAAAAAAGCGGUGAUAUGA